AUGAAGUUGUUUAUCAAGAUUUUCUUUUAUCGUUCUCCUUUUGUGUGUGUGUGUCCAGUUUACACGUCACUGUCUGUAGUGAUAGAUACCAACACUGUGCUCCACUGCCCUCGUACAUUGACGAGAGCGCUGCUAACAACAUGGGAAGUAAUCCUCAGGGACAAGCCUUCCUGCAAAAAAGCUUACAGGAGCGACACAAAUGAGAUGAAGGAAACCAACUGUACUGAUGACAGAAUAACCUGGGCCUCCAGACCCAGUCAGAAUCCUGACCUUCAAAUUGCUCCAGUGGCCAUUGCUCACGAUGGGUAUUACAGGUGUGUGAUGGCGACACCUGAUGGGAAUCUCAAUCAUGAGUAUCACCUCCAAGUGUUAGUUCCCCCUGAAGCUACCCUGUUUCUAAGCAGGAAUAGAACUGCGGUGUGCAAGGCAGUAGCGGGGAAGCCAGCUGCACAGAUCUCCUGGAGCCCAGAAGGGGAUGAUUGUGUCACUGAGCAAGAACAUUGGGGCAAUGACACACUGACUGUCCAGAGUACAUGCUCCUGGGAGGUCCCCGAUGUGACAAAUGUGACCUGCUCUGUCUCCCAUUUGACUGGCAACAGGAGUCUGUUCAUAGAGCUGCUUCCUGGUGCCAAACAUUCAGAAAAAUCAUAUAUUCUAUAUAUCAUCCUUCCUAUUCUUAUUUUGAUCAUCGUGGGAUCCAUUUGGUUUUUGAAAUUCAGUGCCUGCAGAAAAUGUAAAUUGAAUAAAACAGAAGCUACUCCAGUUGCUGAGGAGGAUGAAAUGCAGCCCUAUGCUAGCUACACAGAGAAGAAUAAUCCACUCUAUGAUACUACAAACAAGGUGAAGACGUCUCAGGAAUUACAAAAUGAAGUUGAUUGCACAGGCCUCCAUACUUUAUAA